AUAUAAUUCUCUCUGUAUGUAUGUGCACAUUGACCAUGUCGAAGCAUCACCCCCUUUGCAUAUAAAGCUAGUUAUUGGAGAGGAGGCUUUUGAAAGGGCUCUCAGAUGCACAUAUAGUACACUACAAACCAAUCAGUUAAUCCCAAGUAUAUAAUCCUAAUAAAAUCUCGCCGCGACGAUGAAGAUAGUGCUCAAGGUGCCGAUCACCUGCAAGAAGUGCAAAUCCUGCAUCCUGCAGAUCGUCUCAAGGAACAAAGGGGUCAAGUCGCUGACGUUCGACGACGAGAAGAGCACGCUGACGGUGAUCGGGGAGGUGGACGUGGUGGUGAUCGUGGACAAGCUCCGGCACCCGAAGAAGGGGAAGGAGAAGAGGGAGGGGUACAUGGUGGAGGUGAUGGCGGUGAGCGACGAGAAGAAGGAGGCCGAGGAGAAGAAGAAGAAGGACGAGGAGGAGAAGAAGAAGAAGGAGAAGGAGAAGGAGGAGGAAGAGAAGAAGAAGAAGGAGUGCGCCGAGAAGCUCAAGCAGUGCGCCGAGCUGCAGCAGUGCUGCAGGGCGUGCCGGCCCUACUACGUCGCCGUCGACGACCACCCAGGCUACUCCUGCACCAUCGUCUGAUCGCGAGCCACGGAUCUAACCCGCUGCUACAUUCUCUGGCCUUCAAGGCUCUGCAGAUUCGUGUGUAAAUCGUGUUCAUCGGUUUCGAAGAUUCAGCCUUGAUGCUAUUCACACUCCUUUCUUCUCUGAAUCUUUUCCUACUUUCUUGCGUCGUGUAUGCUGGGCAGUCGUGGUGGAAAUGCAAUUGUGAAGACUGUGCCUUUGCAAGAAACACCAAGGCCAUCCUAUUCAGAUUUCAGUGGUUAAGAUUGAGAUCCUGUCUUACUAAAAGAAAAAGAGAAAAAGAAAAGAUUAAGAUGCUUCUCCCAUGGAACUACAUAAGCAAGUUGUGAGUUCUGAUUUUUUUUUAAUGGCAAGUUGUGUGGGCGCAAACCAGUUCCGUUGCUCAUGAUAAUUGACAAAUUGAAUACAGCUUGAAUAAGUUAUAAUGGUGGUUUGCCAACUUUUAA